CUCCUCUCCAUCACAUUUCACUUUUUCAAACAGUGACGGGGAAUCAAAGAAGGCAGGAUGUAGAAUCCGUCAGACACAGACCGUUUCUUCAGAGUCUUGCGGUUAAUUCUGCUGCUUUCAGUUUUUUCGCUCUGCUCGGUGCGGGAGUCUGCCGAUCGACCGAGGUGAAGAAGAGAGGUGUUGCUCGCUGCCUCAGCUCGCUGGAUGGAUCCGAGCUCAUCCUUUCUCACUUACAACUGAGGACUCGGUUUGGAAGAGUUGGGAUUUUGUUCCCUCCUCCACUCCAUCUCCUUUUCUAUGCCAGAUCAUUUUCAGGGCAGUUAAGUCUGAAGGUGUGGAAGACUUUGCUUCACAAUGGCAACAGGAGUAGCAGCGUGGCUCCCCUUUGCCAGGGCUGCAGCAAUUGGCUGGAUGCCUGUGGCCAACUGCCCCAUGCCUAUCGCGCCAAGAGACAACAGCAAGAAACAAGAUGAACUUAUCAUCCUCAAUGUCAGCGGCCGUCGUUUUCAGACCUGGAGAACAACAUUGGACCGCUACCCAGACACCCUACUGGGCAGUUCUGAGAAAGAUUUCUUUUACAACGAGGAAACCAAGGAGUACUUUUUCGACCGGGACCCUGACGCCUUCAGAAGCAUUCUCAACUUUUACCGAACGGGAAAGCUCCAUUAUCCUCGUCACGAGUGCAUCUCGGCCUAUGAUGAGGAGCUGACUUUCUUUGGCAUCAUACCUGAGAUCAUCGGUGACUGCUGCUAUGAAGAAUACAAGGACAGAAAGAGGGAGAACUUAGAGCGGCUGCAGGAUGAUCAGGAAGAGAAUAUGGACCUGAAGAUGCCCAACAUGAACUUCAGAGAGACCAUGUGGCGCGCCUUUGAAAACCCCCACACCUCCACCAUGGCCCUGGUCUUUUACUAUGUCACUGGGUUCUUCAUUGCUGUCUCGGUCAUUACGAAUGUGGUGGAGACCGUGCCCUGUGGUGCUACUGCCAAUCAGAAAGACAUGCCAUGUGGCGAACGCUACACUGUUGCGUUCUUCUGCAUGGACACCGCCUGUGUUAUGAUUUUCACCGUGGAGUAUCUGUUGCGCUUGUUUGCCGCACCUAGUCGUUACCGCUUCAUGCGCUCUGUGAUGAGCAUCAUCGACGUGGUGGCUAUCUUGCCAUAUUAUAUUGGUCUAGUGAUGACCAACAACGAGGAUGUCAGCGGCGCCUUCGUGACACUGCGUGUGUUUCGAGUGUUUCGUAUCUUCAAGUUCUCCCGCCACUCGCAAGGCCUGCGGAUCCUGGGUUAUACACUCAAGAGCUGCGCUUCGGAGCUGGGCUUCCUCCUCUUCUCACUCACCAUGGCCAUCAUCAUCUUUGCCACGGUCAUGUUUUAUGCAGAGAAGGGCUCCAGCUCCAGCAAGUUCACCAGCAUCCCAGCUUCAUUCUGGUACACUAUUGUCACCAUGACGACGCUGGGGUAUGGGGACAUGGUGCCAAAGACAAUUGCUGGAAAGAUCUUUGGCUCCAUCUGCUCCCUGAGUGGCGUCCUGGUGAUCGCUCUGCCCGUCCCUGUCAUUGUCUCCAACUUCAGCCGCAUCUACCACCAGAACCAGAGAGCAGAUAAACGGCGUGCUCAGAAGGUACAAAAAGCCAGACUGGCCAGGAUAAGAAUAGCCAAGUCCGGCAGCGCCAACGCCUUCCUUCAGAGCAAACGCAACGGACUUCUCAACGAACUGCUGGAGCUGACGGGUACAGAAGAGGAUGAGCAGAAGCUGACCCAGAAGUCCAUCUCUCUGUUAGAGAGCCAACACCACCACCUACUGCACUGUCUGGAGAAAACAACAGCUCACGAGUUUGUGGACGAGCAGAUAUACGAGCAGAACUGUUUGGAAACGGCUCUGCAGACCUAUCCCUCACGCAGUCCCUCUGUAUCCAGCCAUGACAGCUCCACACGUACCUGUUGUAGUCGAAAGAGAAAGAGAAAUGUUCCUCUGCCUAACACCAGCCUGCCCACCACCCAUUCAACACACCAGGGCCCGCUGCAGGAGCUCAGUGCCAUCCACAUACAGUGUGGUGACCCACUGUCCCACACCGCCAGCCGCUCCAACCUCAACCUUAAAACUGACGAGAGCAGCAGGAUCAACUGCAAAAGUGGCCGGAUCACCACAGCCAUCAUCAGCCUCCCAACACCCCCUGCUUUAACCCCUGAUGGAGACGGGUUCCACGGGCCCCCACAGCGGAGGCCGCCCCAACCUCCAAGUCACCCACCACCCUUGAGCAUUCAGACCACAACAAGUUCAGCUGGCGCCAACAUCGUCAAAGUCUCGGCUCUGUGACUGUGUGGCUGAAAGAUGUAACUCACCCCACCAGGGGGAAGAAAAGCAGAGGAGGAGGAAGCAGGUAACACUACAUUCAUGGACGUACCGUGUUCCCUAAUACAGGGUCAGUGAGAAGAGAGGUGUACUCCAGAGGACUCACCAGUUAUGGAGACAUUAUUGAGGUAGAGGACUGUAGAUAUGUGACCUGAGAAUCACGCUCGUGUCAUGUCGUGUAUGUACUGUAGAUACGAUGAGAGCUGCUGCAUUUCUAAACGUUUCCUACAGCAGUGGAGAUGGUGGAAAAUAACUGAUGAUAUUGUGCAACUGGCAGAAACAUCAACAAACCCUGUUGACCAUCACAAAUUCACAGUAAAUUUGACGUGAAUUCACAGUGAAAAAGAAGAUUUGUUGGAUUAAAUACUGAAGAACAAAGCUGUUGAAUCUGAUUGGUCAUGUUUGUGUUAUGUGAUUGUCUAUAGUAUUUUGAGAAACAUAAACUGUUUUAGUUUAAAGUCGCCAUGCCUGAUGCUGCUAAUAUCAUCCCUGAAAUGUGUAUUUCAUUUGUUGCAGACUGGAAACAGCGUUUCUUUGUUUUCGUUGGAUAAUUGUAUCGAUACAUUAUGUUGAUUCCUCAAACCAAACUGUGAUUUUAGUUGUAUUUGAAAAAUCCCACUGAAUGUGGACUGAAGGCUGACGGUCGUCGUACUGCAUUGAAACAGAGCAGUGGUUCUCAGCCUUGAGCUGACCGGAGAAUUACUAUAAAGCAAAUGUGUAAUUUAAUGUUGAAGGAUGAGGUUACAGUACAUCCCAUGAAAAGACCAAAACCAACCACUUGAUUAGCUGAAAUUCAUUCAUCCUAGUCUUAACUGUUUGUGUUACAAAAACACAGGAAAAUAACUUGUUUUAAAUAAUUUUCUCCUGCAGAUUAAUAUAUGUGUUGCAGUAGUUUGUACAGCAGAAGGACAAUGUACAUGAGGGUUCUGACAUGUUAAUGUAAAGAAGAAACAAGCCAUGCAGUGAAACAGUGAUAAUAAUAAAAGGUAUAUAACAUUGCAUAUUUUGGGAGGGGAAAUACUACAACAUUUGGUUUCAGUACAACAGCAAGUGUUAGUAAGGCCAGGAUACUGAAUAACAUGAUUGUAUCGACAGUGUCCCAGAAUGAAGUAUCGUUUAUGGCUCAGUCACACUACAGUAAAACUGUUGCAUUCAGCAACCGAUUGCAGGUAGUUUCAAAAACUAACUGGGUGCCCAAUUUUGAUCCUAAGGUGAUUUUGUAGGUUACCUGCUCCGUGGCAGCCUGUGUCCAAACAGUCUGACUCAAACUGACUCCAGUCACUCUCAGACAGACUGGUUAAAGCUUGCAAAUAAUUGCCGUCUAAUUUAUAAAUGUAGACAGAUUGCCAACAAGUAGCAAUCAAUCUGAGUCAGUCUGUGCAGGACUCAUCUGUGCCUCAUCUCUUUGCAGUUGAUUUUAACACAAAUUGUUGCCAACUGCUUGUAUUCCUAAAUAAAAGCAAAGCUGCAUCUAUAUCAUUUCGCUGUCUUGCAGCAACCAUCACAUCGCUAUUUGUGGAGAAAUUUCUGUUUUGAGUCUAUGAGGUUGUAACUGGACUCUGAAUGUAAGUAGUUCAUUUAAAUUUCUGUUGAGUGUAAAUUUCUGUGUAUGUAGAUAGCAACAGAUUUGCAACAGACAGCAACAGAUUCACAAUUUGCCAACUGGAGCCCCUUCUGUCACAAACUGACAGCAAACUGAAGACAGCAACUGGGGUUGCAGACCUGGUCCCCAUCUUUGAAAAAGCCAUUUUGAAGGAAGCAAGAUUCCAAGUCAACUGCACACUCUCACAAUAUCUUUGGUGUCAUGCUCUCCAAGCACUCUUUCCUGGUGUGACUGUAGCAAUUUCCGAUCUUAAUAACACCACAAUUUAAUUUCAAAUAUCAAAAAUUAUUUUCAAUUUUUUUUUCACAACUUAAGAUUGGAAAUCGUUGUGUUUGCACAGAUUCACUUUGAUCGUCUCUUGAUUUGCCAUUGGCAACAUUGGGGAAACUUUACAGAUCAAAUUAGGUCACAUACAUGGCAUGAAUUGAUAGGAUGUUUACAUUUAAAUAGCCAUCAUAAAAAAAUCUUAAUUUUUUGUAACUAAAAAAUAAGGUUAAACUUUAUUUAUUAUAAAAUACCUCUCACAGAACACCUGUAGUACCUACUGUGGGUACAAGUGGGCUGCAGCCCAGACUUUGAGAAUUACUGAGCUAGGUUAAAUUCAUUGUUACAUUGUUGCCAUCUUAUGGAACAGAAACAGAGAAUAUUGCCGGGCUUAUCCUGACAAACAACCUACAAAAUUCAUAUUAAAAAAUAAAUUGUGGUUAAGUGCUUGUAUGAAUUUGAUAGCGCACUGACGCUUUAUGCCCACUGUGCUGCUGCCACUCACGUUGAAGGUUGAGCAGGACACUGAAAUGGAAAAUAAUACUGUGCAUGUUCAUCAUGAAUGUUUGGGUAUUGAAUGCCAUGAAGGUUGAGCACCACUCGACCUGGACAAUUACAGGACGUAACGUAUUCGUGUUCGGUUCGGCAUUAUAAAACUAAAACUAAAACGAAAUCCGCUGAAUAUUUGAAAAUAUUUUAAGUGUAGAUAAAAUACCCAGAGCUAAAAAAUUAUUUGUUUUUUCAGGUAUUCUGUCUUACCUUAAAAAUUUUAGUUGAUUUUUUAUUUUUUACUUUCUUUUUGACAUAUUUGUAAUGUUUUCAGUGAUUUCCACCUUAAACAUGUUUUUUUUUUCUUACAUUAAAUGUGUUUAUCUUGAAAGCCAGUUAAACCAAUAUUAUACCAGCUUCUGAGCAGGAUAAACAGCACAUGUGAGUGACCCUGGAGUUGGCAUAGUUUUGUCAAACUGCUGUUUUUAAGGUCAAAAACAAACUCAUUCUAAAGAAUAUGCAGCUAAUAAUUCGGUCAGUCUCAGAGAUGCUCACAGGAUGGCAGCAGAGAUACUUUCUAACAUUAAAUCAAAAUGAGCUGAGCCCCGUAGGACUGAUUUCUGGCCUUACUCCUCACUGGAUUAUCAUUUCUAGACCUACUUGCUGCACACUGUUGCACAUUUGAAGUCGGUAGAUGCGUGUUUGGAAUAGUUUGUGCCAAGUGUGCUAUAGUUAUCUGUAUCAAUUAUACAAUGUGUUUAUUUUUCUCUUGGUUUUGUUUGUUAACGUGGAACCUGAGGGACCAAGUGAGGUCUUUUUUUGCUGUACUGGUAUUUUUUGUGUUGCAUUUCUGUAUUUUGUCACGUUUUAACAACGAGGUGAAAGUAUUGUGUGAAAAUGGUCACUUUUCUGUCCUUUGUAAGAACAACAAAGUAGUGGUAUUAUUUAUGCUGCUUUACAAAAACAAACCCUUUAGACACUUUUUGUCUCGUUAUUGUUGGAAAUAUUGAGCAUCUGCCCGGCCGUGGUGUUCAUAAGCUGGAUUUUGGUUACCAUUAAAACAGUAUUUACAUAUUAAGGCUUUUUUGCAGCUUCAUAGACCACGUUCACCUUUUUUAAAAAUGUAUAUUAAGAGAAAUCACCUUUCUCACACCAGAGUGACUCAUAUAUGAAGAUUUUUGUUGUGAUUAUCUGAUGGACUUUACUUCAAAGGCGUCGUUGAGGUCUGUUCUAAAAGUCUUGGCAUUGCUGUUUGUGUUGUUUCUUAUUCUUUUUAUUUUUUGAACUGAGCUUUUUCUGUCUGUUUGCUGUGUGUACGGUAUUCUGUCAGUUUGUUUGUU